CGCAAGGCUGUGUACUGCGGAGCAGGAGAUAGAUGCGCGCCGCCGUGUAUUUGUUCCGAUUGACGGCGUCGUCCACUACUUGGACGUUUACUGAAGCCUUCACCAUCACUGAGUCAGUUGCAGUUAAAGGGAUCAGCCUGUAGUUGUCCUAUCGCUUCCCGUCCAUGUCCAAUGGAUGCAACCGGAUCUUACAUGGCUGUGUUGGCUCCCAGCCCGUACCUCGUGCGCUGACUUUUCGCACGACCUGUGGGCAGGACGGACUCACGGUCAGUCAACUUAUACGCCUCGAAUGGAAGAGAGGCAGAGCACCAACAUGUUCCGGUGGGAGGACAGAACCAGCUGAACGGAGGGCGUCUGUUACAUCGUUACACACGCCUUCGUUGAGGCCAUGGCCUACGACGACGUCGGCGACAGACGCUCGGUCUUGUUUAUGGAGUCGAAGGCCGGCUUUAUACAGACAGCACGGACAUGUUGAUCGUUUUGCACACGGCUUCCACACGAGUUCCGGGAAGUCUUUGGACGGAAGCCUGCGCAAUAGUGCUCCGACACCUAAUCUUCCUAAGAGGCCGCCAACAACGACACCGCCAGGUUCACCCCAGUUUCCUCCUUCGCGCCUCACGACACCCUUCCCUCCAAAGACUCCUUCUCGCUCGAAGCCUCCACCGCCGUCAGGAAACAAGAAACGUGUCAACAAUGUCCGGGAUGCCGAUCGAGCGCUCCCCCGAAUUCCUGUGGAGGAGUCGAUGCGACAGAAGGCGCUCUCACCGAUGGCUGGCUUAGGCGAGCAACAAUUGGCUCCACAGGACAUGUCCAAGGCAGAAAAGCUGGCUAGGCGUCAAAUCUGGCGGAGACAUGAACUAGCUCGACGGGAAGAAACAAGAGCCCUGGCUCGUGCGAAGAAGCUGCAACAAGCCCGGCAUAUCCUUGACAAUUUGGAAUACCUUGGCAAGGAGACAAUUGCAAUUGAGCUUUCACAGGCUCGGCAGACGGCAAAGCAAGAAGUCUUAGAACGGUGGACGACAAACCACGUUCGGGAGCUCACUGCCCCUAUCUUGAGGAGGCUGAACAAGGUGGCCACCAGAUUAUCUGCUGUAGAGAACAGUCUGACCCGGCUCCUUGGUGGCAUGCAAGAAUUCAGACGCAACCUCCUGCCCCGGGCGAAGUCAACAGCACGGCAGUUUGAGUUCAUCAAAAACGCCGGAAGCGUGGAUCCUGUGUUGCGAGAGACCGGUUACAAGAUGACCGAUGCCGCCGGUAUACUGCUUCCGGUCUCGACGCUGCAUGCUAUUGCGCUGGACUUGAGAGAACGUGGACUCUGGAAGACCCACGUGGACAUUUCGGGUCCUACUUCAAUACCGAAUCUCUUCAGGGGACCGAAAACGCCCCGUGUUCAGCGUGCGAUGAUCAGUAUCCUGUGGUUGCGUCAGGACCUCAUUGAGUGCUCGGAAGAGAUAUCGCAAGAACUGCAUGUGCUCCGGAAGAUAAGAACAUCCUACCUAUUGAACUCGGGGUUACCUGAAGUGUUUGAUUUCAACGCGCGCCAUACAAGGCUAUACCUGCUUUCCAUCCAGGCAGUGAAUAACGCCAGUAGGAUUGCUGCGCAUUAUCACAAUCUCCGGCUGAUGGUUUCUCUGUCUACACCCUUUGCGAGACGGCACGAUUCUGAUUCGGUUCAUCAUCCCAAGCAUCAGUUCCUCCCGCUGAAGCUGCAAACGGCUGCCCAAGACGGUCACCAGAUUUUCAAAGACGACUUCCGUACUCCCAUGGCAAUUGGAAUGAAGGCAAACAUAGCUCUUCAAGAAGCACAGCUGUCAAACUUCCGACCGGUCACCAUCUUUAUCAGUCGAAUGUCGGAAACAGCUGAGCUGGUGGACCUGGUCCGGACUUCCACCUUCCUUGGCCUUUCAACGACUACGGCCAAGGCCCUUCAGACAUUGGCUGACGAAUUGUUUGCUGCUCGGCGGGAACUCUAUAACUUACUCGACAUUGCGAUGCUCUGGAGGGGCACUGCCAAUAUGUAUCUCGGGAUCGUUCAUCGACCGCGAAAAAAGAGCGACCUCAUGCUGUUCGUCAACCCUCAAACUCCAUCCUCGGAUUUGCCUCGACCAAGUGUGGAUUGUCUGCCAGCUGUUACUGCUCAUAGUCCUCCAUGGCAGAUUAAAGCAGAACUCUACCCGAGCCCAGACGCCGCCAUACCAAUCCACUUCGUUACUACCCCAGAAAAUAUCCCCAGCGUCCUCGAACGGUUCUCGAAUUGUCGAGUCCUUGGAGUGGACACCGUACUUAGUGUGGAUAGCAAACGUCUUCCCACCGGCUCAUCGCCCCUGGAAUACCUCGUUCUCGCGAGCAAUGACGAGGUGGCUAUCUUCCCUCUAGGCGUCAUGAAUCCUGCCACUCUCCUUCUCACACGGCCCUUCACACAAACCCUGGGAAAUCCUGCUAUUUUAAAAGUCGGAGUCAACGUCAAGCUCCAACAAGAAAUGCUAGUAGAGCACUUCGGCAUUGAACUGGUUGAAUGUCAUGCCUUGGACGGCAUGGCCGAACAAACACAUGCGCAUGAAAAUCUGGACGACCCGAACUUUGCUAUCAUCUCGUCAAUGGUGGCAUCCAGCUUUGGCAGCCCUUUGCCACACCUCGAUAUAACAUCGGCCAUUUCCAACGUGGGCACCAAGGAUCCCGUAACCUUCUUUACACAUCUAUCCUCUCGAGCCUAUGCUGUGUUACAGCUGUACCAUCUCGCGUGUGCCAAGGUGCCAACGAACAAUCACAGUGCCGCGGCCGCAGGCGAACGAUUCAUUCGCUCAUCCGCUGCGUUCGGCCCCGUCACUAUUCACAAAUCCCUCGAACACAAAGGUUCUCGAGAACGGCUACUUCUGGCACGAUCGCCGCCAUUGACAUAUUCGCGUGUCAAAUACAUGGCAAAGCUCGCGCAUGCCAUGGCCCGAAAGGCGUUUGACACUACCCCGUGCUUCAACGAGCUGAAGCGGACGUCCAGGCGGGUAAGACCAUCGCUUGUUUCGGAUGUCUUGUCGAGCCUUCGGGCAUACUUUCUGUUUACUGCAUUUUCCCAGAAUCCCGGCAAAAUGAAAUCUUUCUUUGGUGUUCAGCAGCCGGCCUCGACUAUUCUGCAAAUUGCCGACAAGGCUCAGCUGCCCUUGCAUGAUGGAGAUCGCUUGACUCUGGAUAUCUUCAAGCGACGGGAGCCAGUAUCUCCUCCUCCGGAAUGGGCUGCUCUACUGGCUCCUUCGUCCAAGCCGCACACUGAGCAAGUGCCGAUGCCGAAACCGGUUCCUCCUCUCACGACCAAUAAAACUUUGGAUGCGAGUCAAACAGCGCAAAGGAGCUUGAAUGCGGAGAAUCCGUCUGUGGUCCAAGAACGAGGCGCAGAGGACACCGGCAAAAUGGAUAAGAGGACGACCGUACGAAUGACCUCAGAGUCUCCAAAGUCCGUGAUAUCAGUUUCAAAGUCUGACUAUCCAUCAUCAUCAGCUUCGACAAACGGCGAAACAGAACAGCCGUCGGCUGAGGCGGGAGCUUCAAAAGCUUCAAAACGAGACGCACGCAAUGAUAAAGUGCAAACCUUUUACCGCAGCCUCCCCUCGACAACAACACCAAGACCGACUGAUGCGAAUACCAAUACCGGGACUCAGGUCAUUACCCCUGACGGCCGAAACCGCAAGGCUCGUGGGGCCGCCAGACUGGACGCGGCCGCCGUUGUCUCUGAUGAUGCUAAGGAGACGAUGACUGCAGGUGAUGGGGCCGGUGCUAGUAGGUCAGACACUACAGUUGGCCCUACUAACAGAAACAAAGUCGCAAGAAGCAAAAGGAAGCCUCCAGGCGCCAAAGACGGUCGUCAUGGCAAAGGCUGGUGGGCAGGUUGAGUGUGCCAGCUAUCUUGACAAAAUACUGUAGCCUGACAAUGAGAGGCCAUGAUCACGAUGACCGUAGGUCAAGACCUAACCAUGUCAUAGUGGUUAUUGAGGAAUAUUUUGUUUUGUACUGUACAGUAUAUACUCCUACUUCGUAGAGUUACUGGAAAAACUUCCAAGAAGAAUCAUGCACCAAAACUGUAUUCAACUUUUCGUGGCAAUACCGCCAAUGCUGCUACCUGAAUGAGACUCAUUAGGACCUG